CAGUCGUUCCCAUUAUGCGCUGUUAUUACCACAGAGUGCCACAUCCAUUUCCUGACAGGGGCGGAGUCAAGGCUUGGUUAUGCUCUCUGCACGGACGGCCACAUGGACAACAACUGGUGCUGAAUCAUGAUGCAGAAACAUCUGAAGGAAAACGCUGCUACAAUGCCUCCUCCUGGUGUGUGUCUGAACAUUAUGGAGGCUCGUCAGAAAAAAGAAGGUUAUGGGAGUCCUGAGAACCCUGAGAAGUUCCUCAACCAGGACUACCAGCAGCUGAAGCAGUACUGCCUCAUCCAAGGAGUGAGGUACAUCGACGAGAUGUUUCCCCCUGACAGGAGAUCCAUUGGUGAAGGGCUGCUGAGUCCCUCUGACCUGGAGCGAGUGAUGUGGCUUAGACCAUGGAAACUUGUGCCUAAUCCAGCCUUUACGGUGGAUGGGGUGUCAAGAUUUGACUUUGGUCAAGGAGUAAUUGGAAACUGCUGGUUUCUUGCAGCCAUCGGAGCUCUGACCUUCCAGGAAAAAGUCCUCAACCAUGUUGUUCCUUUAGAGCAAACAUUUGAUGAGAACUACUGCGGUCUUUUCCACUUCAGGUUUUGGAGAUUUGGAAGGUGGGUGGAUGUCGUCAUUGAUGACAAGCUGCCGACGAUCAAUGGAAGACUAAUCUUCGUUCACUCCAAAGAUCAGACUGAGUUUUGGCCUGCUUUGAUGGAAAAAGCUUACGCCAAGGUGUGUGGCUCUUACAGUGACAUGAAUGCUGGGACUCCUGCAGAGGCCAUGAUGGACUUCACUGGUGGCGUUCACAUGUGUAUCCAGCUGUCUGAGCCUCCUCCAAACCUGUGGGAGAUGAUGUGCAGGGCUGGUCAGUCCAAGACCCUGAUGGGCUGUGGUACACAUGAGGGGGAAACACCUGAAAAUACGGUACUGCCAAACGGAUUAGUCCAAGGCCACGCCUACACGGUCACUGGUUUUAAACAGCUGAUGAGCCACGGGGAAUCGGUUCACCUUGUGCGUUUGUGGAACCCUUGGGGCCAAGGAGAGUGGAAUGGAGACUGGAGUGAUCGCUCAUCCUUGUGGAAAACCGUCAGUGCUCAAGAUCGUGAGAUGUGCCUUUCAGUAGUCGAUGAUGGAGAGUUUUGGAUGACCCUGGAGGAUUUCUGCAGAUUUUACACAGAUCUUGACAUUUGCUCCUUGUGUCCUGAUUUCCUUGAUGGGAACCAUUCCUGUCACUGGAAGAGUUCUCUGCAUGAGGGAAGAUGGGUCGCAGGAACCACUGCUGGAGGAUGUAUGAACAAUCGAGACAGUUUCUGGACUAAUCCACAGUAUCGGGUUCGAAUUGAUGAUGACUACUCAGAGAAACAUGGCAAAAAGAACAUGCUGGUGUCUCUAAUGCAAAAGCCUGACAAGAGGAACCGACGUCUGGUACAGAGCCUCCACAUCGGGUUUUCUAUAUUCGAGGUGACUGAUCAGUACAAGAUGCACAAGGGUAAAUUUCCAGCCUCAUUCUUCAGCUCCCACACACCUGUGGUGCAAACUAAAACCUACAUGAACGCUCGUGAGGUGAUGGAGUUCUUCAUGCUGAAGCCCGGUGAAUACCUGAUUGUGCCGUCCACAUUCCAUGCAAAUGAAACCGCAUCCUUCAUCCUGAAAAUCCUCUCCAAAGCAGAGACCCACGCCUAUGAGAACUCUGGUGGCCAAAGACAUGAGCCAGUUGGAAAGCUCAAGAGGGUCUCAAAUGAGCAGGACAAUGAAAACAAGAAAAUGAUAUUCCGCCAACACUCUGACAAGUAUGAAGAAGUUGAUGCUGAACAGCUUCAGAGGCUUCUGAAUGACAGAAUCCUGAAAGGUGACCUAAAAUCUGGUGGAUUCAGCCUCGACGCCUGCCGCAGCAUGGUUGCUUUGAUGGACACAUCGAUCACGGGCAAACUGAACGGUGAAGAAUUUGUUCGUCUGUGGAACAAGGUUGUUACAUACAAGGAUAUCUUCUUUCUCACUGAUGUUUCACGAACAGGAACGCUGUCAUUGAGUGAGCUGAGAAAUGCAUUCAUGGCCUCAGGAAUAAAUGUCAGCGAUGACAUGCUCAACUUGAUGGCUCUGCGUUACAGUGACUCCUCCAGACACGUGACCCUGGAAAGUUUCAUUGGUCUCAUUCUUCGUUUCGACUGCAUGCAAAAAAUCUUCAAACAGCUGUCAGAUGGAAACGCCAUGAGUCUGCGGGAGCCAGAGUGGAUUUACAUUUCCAUGUACACCUAAUGAGAGGAGGAAACAGGACUGCAAAAUUCAUCUGGGCAUGGAGCAGUAGAUCUUU